UAAGGGCAUUACAAAUACAGGAUAGAAAAUUCAAAAAGUCUAAUCAAAUACCAAAUUAGUAAUUAGAUUUUUUUUUUUUAUUUUUUAGUAUUGAUUGAUUGAGCAUUGUUUGAUUUCAUCAUACAGAGUACAUACAUAUAUAUAGUAACAUAGAUAUAACACUCCUUAUCCAAGCUAAGCUUGUGUAGCAUAAUAGCGUUGUUUAGAGCUUGAGUGGUAUAAACAAACUUCAAGAUGCUUCUCAAAUCGAGUUUGGCCCUAUAUAUGUUCCUUCAAAUGGCAAUGUUGGUGAAUGCCAAUACGGAGAAGUCCCUUGAUCAAAUGAUGGAGGACAUCAACCAAGUCUUCAUACACUACAAUAACCUUAAUAAGGUUGGAUUAAACAUCCCAAUUUACUUUGGAGGUGCAUUUUCUUCUCAAAUCCCCCGUUUUCUUCCCAAGGAAAAGGCCGAUUUAAUGCCUUUCUCAUCCCUAGAUCUACCCUUUCUUCUACGAGUUUUCGGCUUUGCUCCAGGAUCUCCUCAAGCUAGAGCCAUGGACAAUACGCUAAAGAUGUGUGGAAUGAAAAUGCACCAUGAAACUAAAAAAUGUGUUUCCUCCUUAGAGUCUAUGCUUGAUUUUAUUCGCGAAACAUUUAACAGUAACAGUAGCAUUAGCAGUAACAGUAACAGUAACAGUAACAGUGAUAAAAAAUGAUCAAUCUCUUAAGGUGUUAAGUACUAGUCCUCUCCCGAAAUCUACAAAACUUAUCCAAAAUUAUACCAUAGUGAAACAAGCACAACAAGUACCAAGUCCUAAAAUGGUUUCGUGUCAUAUGAUGACCUAUCCUUAUGCAGUCUUUCAUUGUCAUUACCCGGAACCUGAGAACCGUGUGUUCGAGGUUUCAUUAAGGGGCGACGAUGGAACAUUGAUGGAUGCUAUCGUGACUUGUCACAUGAACACCUCUAGUUUUGACCCUAAUCACGUUGCAUUUCAUAUCUUAGGGUUUAAGCCCCGUGAUUUUCCGAUUUGUCAUUUUCUUCCUUCAAAUGAUCUAGUUUGGGUACCUAAUGCUGAGAAUUAAGGGAGAAUUAUAGGAUGAAUAAUUCUACUUAAUGAAUUAUUCGUCUGUUUGCAUGGUUCAUUUACAUUUCUAAGCGUGAUUUGUAUUUUGUACACAUUAAAUAAACUUGUUUGUGUUGUUUUAAUUUUCAAUUGAAU